AUGGACCUCAGCAAGCGUAGCAUUGCCGAAGCUCUGGUCGCCAAUUCUAUUGAUGCUGGUUGCUUUGGCGUAAACUCUGUUGGAAACCGUGAGGACGCCUACGGUUUGACCGGUGGAGGGAUAGAACAGUACACCGCUCUCAAAUUAUCCUUGUGGCCGACGGAUAUCGCCCGAGAGAUGAAUCUUGGCUCCCAAGCUACACAGGACUACCAGUUGCUGGCAGGAUAUACGUAUAUGUCCAGGACGGUGACCAUGGCUCAGUAA